GUAAUAGGAAACUCAAAGCCCAUUCGGUGUCUUCUCUGCCCUCUCCCCUUUAAGCUUCUAAAACCACAGAAACACCUACUCUCUCUCCUUUUCCAAAUCCUUCUGAGAGAGAGCGAAUGGGGGUGGACUUGAGGCAGGUGGUGGCGGGGGUACUGACGCUGACCAUGUUCGUAAUGCUGGGGAACAUGAUCAAGCGCGACCAUUUUGAUUCUGUUGAAGAAAAACUUCCAGGCGGAGCAAGCAAUGUUAAUUUAGAUAGUGAUGAACUUGCGGAGCAGGGACUUGUAACUCUUUCUAAAAGGAGUGGGGGGCUUUGGAAGGAGGACGGCCAACAACUAAAACCAUGUUGGGAUAAGCCGGUUCUGGAUGAUGUAGAGCCGACAGACGGUUUUGUCACUUUCUCAUUAACUAAUGGCCCUGAGUACCAUGUCUCGCAGAUUGGUGAUGCAAUUGUAGUGGCAAGAUAUCUUGGAGCGACUCUUGUCCUUCCUGACAUUAGAGGAAGCAAACCAGGUGACGAGAGGAGCUUUGAAGAUAUUUAUGAUGUUGAGAAGUUUGUAAAAAGCUUGGAUGGCGUGGUCAGAGUGGUGAAAGAUCAGCCUGCUCAGAUAUCAACGCGAAAUCUUGCUGUUGUGAAAGUCCCUAAUCGAGUAACAGAAGACUACAUUGUGGAACACGUCAAGCCAAUUUAUAAGCAAAAGGGCAACAUACGGCUGGCUACUUAUUUCCCUUCAGUGAACAUGAGAAAAUCAGCAAAAAACAGUUAUGAUUCAGUUGCAUGUUUGGCAGUGUUCGGAACUUUGCAGUUGCAACCUGAGAUUCAGGAAGUUGUUGACUCAAUGGUUGGGCGUCUAAGAACUUUAAGUCGAAAGUCAGAUGGGCAAUUUAUAGCCGUAGACUUGAGGGUUGAUAUGUUGGAGAAGAAGGGUUGCCAUGAAAAUGGUGAUGCUGGAACAAGAAGUUGUUAUAAUGCACAAGAGAUUGCUGUUUUUCUGAGAAAGACCGGAUUUGACAAGGAUACCCCAGUCUAUUUGACUGAAUCAAGGUGGCAAGGCAGCCUUGAUGCUCUAAAGGAUCUCUUCCCUAAAACUUAUACAAAGGAAAGCAUAAUACCUGCAGAUAAAAAGGGGAAGUUCUUGGAUUCUGAAGGUUCUGAAUAUGAAAAGGUUAUUGACUUCUAUAUAUGUUCUGAGAGUGAUGUUUUUGUACCAGCCAUCUCUGGCCUUUUCUAUUCCAAUGUUGCUGGUAAGAGAAUUGCUGCUGGUAGGACUCAAAUACUUGUUCCAGCCAAUAUUCCAGAAUCCUCUGCUUCUGCCUCUGAUUUCAUCACUCAUUAUGUUUCCAAAAAGAAUCACUUGGCCUAUUCAUGUUUCUGCUAGUCUCAAUGUGAAGUAACCUGAAGAAAGUGCGGGGCAGAUGCAUUGAACCUGUCAAAGAAGGUAUUGCUUUACCAUUUGCCUUAAUCAAGCUUUUGGACGGGUCAAUUAUAUUAUUUUAUUCAUACGUAAUAUGGGGGGUUGGAAGUACCCCAAACAGAAGCUUUUGUAUCUGGGUGAUUUCUUAAUUGUUUUUUCAGUAGGCAGGAAGUUUCCAAGCUGUCGUAGUUUAUAUGUGUUGUAUGAUAUGUUCACAAACCUUGCCCUAUUUCUAUACUUUGUAACAUUUGAGUCCAAGUUCUUUUCAUAUUUGCUGAAUGAAAGGAUUGUUUGUAGUAA